AUGGCAGUUUCAACGUUAAAAAAGCAUAUGGCGUACGUUUUCUGUUUUUGCUAUCUAUUUCUUCAUAAUAAUUGUGUGUGUGAGAUGUGUAGUAUGAUUAAUCGCGUUAAGUAUUUAAUAAUUUAAACGAAUCGAAUGUUAUAAGCCAUUGAUAGCCGUGUACAGUUUUAUAGAAAGUCAAUUUAUAUUUUGUGUACGUAUGUUAAAGCGUUCGUUGUGAGAGAACAAAUCUGUGAUAUUAUUCUAAGUGAUUGUUGUUAAAAAUUCUUUAUUAAUUUACGAAGAAACUUAUUGUAUUAAAAACGUUUGCGGUGUAAAACUGAGGUGUUUUUAGUGGAGCACUAUGUCGAUCUCAACCGUUGUAGGUAACGGUGAAAGUGAAAAUAAAAUAGAACGAUCAGAUGACUCGACCCAAAACAGAGAUGAAGAGAUAGAAGGAAUGAGUUUGGUGUCGCUUGAAACGACUGAAUUCACUGCUGAAUUUACAGACCCUGCUAUUUUAGCUGCUAAACCAGCUGUUGUUCGUAUUAGAUACACUAAAGAAGAAUUAGUGAAACUGAGACAGGCCCCUCAAUCUUUGAAACGACCUGAAUGCUUUGAUCCUGCUUAUGAUAUCUGGCAAUUUGAUCGAAAAAGUUCAGAUACUCCUAGUGAUAAUAGUGGAAGAUUUGAACCAGAAUAUAAGCGUCGUUCCAACGACCCGAGGGAGCGGGUGCGCAAAGAGCAAGAUGGCAUCGUGCUCAGCCCACAGCGACGCAGUUUCAACUCGGGCUGUUUCGUGCCCGUCAAGGUCGAACUGCAAAAACGACACCGUUCGGACAGUCCAUUGGGUAAUAAAUCGGAGGGUACGGGCGGAGGAUCGGGCGGUGGUUCCCAUCAUAUGCAGUCUCAUCGUGAAAUUCCGGCUGGCGCUAGGAGGAUCGGGAGCGGACGUAUACUGACGCGAGAGGUGCCGUGGGAUUAUCAGGACAAGGGUGACGCGGACGCUGAAUACGGGUACCGGAGAGAGAGACGGGAUACUGACAGGGACGACAGAUUCGAAAGACGCUCAUACGGUCGUGAUAACAUAGAUAAAGACAAAGAGAAGCAGCACGGCCGAAGCCGUUAUGGUGGUGAUAGACGAAGAAUUUCGAACGAGCAUAGAGAAGAAGAACCCGAAUGGUUCUCUGGCGGUCCCUCCUCCCAAAAUGACACUAUCGAACUGCGCGGAUUCGACGACGAUACCAAAAAGCUACGUAAUAAAAAACAGUCCCCUAGUACCAUGAAAAGAUCAAAAGAGCGCGCCCUCAAAAACAAAGAGAGGCAGCAACAGGACCAGCCAUCGGACAUGAAAGAGAAACGCGGAGGAGGACGUGGCGACGAUAGUGGCGAGAGCGAUGGGAACAGUGGUGCGAAAAGUGGAGCUCCGAAUGCCAGCUCCACUCCGAAUGCUGAACAGACAAACGGGAGCGGCGAAACUGACUCGUCGACCGUAGCAAAUCAUUUACCCACAUCGUCGUCUCCGAUCACGACCAAAGCUGACGAUGCCACGAAAAAGUACGAGUCGAAGAACGUGGGCAACGUCAAUGGUCCGGCCCUGGAUGCCCUUGAGGCUAUUCUCGAAUCGAAAAGCAUACCCAGUAUUUUAACUAAUGGCAUAGGUGGCGAUGGCGACGGUCCUUCCUCAGGCUCGCGUUUCAGUCGUUUCUUCAAGACGUCUAGCCCUCCGAAGACACCCUUCGACGACGAAGACGAUAUUGGCGGCUCGCACUCUUCAGCAUCCAUGCACGACAAUUACCUGUUAAAAACCAUCCUGCGGGAUAUUUCAGAAACGAAAGUGACGAUACCAGGAGAGACAGAGUCGUCAUUCGCUCCCAUCUCACCUGCCGCCUAUACGGGAGGGUGUGGUUCGCGUUCGAGUGCAGCAGCAACCGCAGCUGCUCAACAUGGGGGCGCCGGAACAACCGCUUCCGCCACGACAACCGUUAACAAUCAGAAACCGCUGAACUUGAUCGAUAUAUUGCAGAGGAACAGGCAGAGUGUCCAACAGGAGGAGGCGGUGGUAGGGGGAGGAGUAAAAAAUCUAGGCGUUCCCGGUGGUAAAGUUCUUAGUUUGGAAGAGUUGGAAGCGAAAAUGUUGCAGCAGGGCGGGGGAGAUCCAGGUGCAGCCCGAAUUGCCAGUGCCGCCCAUAAACAACAACAGCAGCAACAGCAACAGAAAUUGCACAACCAACAGCAACAGGCCCAACAGCAACCUCCUCUUAACAAAGUCGAAGAAGACAUGACAGCUUUUAAACGACUACUUGCCCAAGUAUCUGGAGGACAUGCUGUUCCUGCAACGAAUGGUCCCAUUCCCAAUAAACCACCUAUGAGUAUAUUAGAGAUGCUAUCACAUUCCCAGCAGCAGGAAGAGCUGAGUCGCAUACCUCCCCAGAUGGGUCCUCUCAGUCCUAACCCCUUACAAGCUCCCCAUAUUCCCAACGAUCUCAUCCUCAAGCUGCAACAGGUGCAAAAUCAUGUUCAACAGCAACAACAACGUUUCGAUAUGCUCAAUAAAUUAAUGAACGCUGGCAUGCACCACGGACAGCAGUUGCGCACAAAUCACAUGCAGGAGAUGAGCUUGAACCAGAGCCGAGAGCUCCUGGGACGUCCAGAGGCACAGGCUAUACUACAAGGUCUAAAACGAGGUGAUAUAACGCCGCAACAUUUAUACCAGCAACUGGCCAAUCCGGCAAUGCAACCGCGUCAUCGUGAGCUCUUGCUGACGAUAAUAAAGUUGCACGGUGGCGCUGGUGGAGCUGCGACCGCGGCGGCCGGCACGGUGGUGGGCGGGGCGACGCCCGGAUCCGGUAUCGGACCUAGUCCUCGCGUGCUCAGUCCCGUGCCUCCACCGCACGCCCUCUUUGCCGCCCAGCAGCAACAACAGCAAGCUCAACAGUCGCAACAGUUGAGAGUGUCGCCGUUGCCACCCAACGCAAUGCAUCAGCGCAUUCCCUCCCCUCGUGAGUUGCAAGUACACACCCAGAACAUAAUGCAACGAGCCCUAAUUAAGAAGAAGCUUGAAGAGCAGCAGGAAAAUUUCAAGAAGCGUCAAGAAAUGCAACAAAGGGGUCAAAGUCCAGCAGGAGGCGUGUCUCCAGCUAAGCAGACAGCCUCUCCCACCCCUCUCGCAUUCACACCUACAUCUGUUCUUAGGAAAAUGACCGCAGAAAGAGAUGAAGGUGGCAACAAAGAUGGAGGCAAUAAGAAUGCAGACUCUCAGAAUAAAACUCAACAAGGAAGGCCUGUCGUUGGCAUGAAGAAUUCUUUGUCGCAGAUGACUCAGCAACAACAGCCGCAACAACAAAACCAGUCUCAGUGGAACGUUCAACAACAGCAGCAGCAAUCUCUUAAACAGCCAGUAGGACGAGCAAUCGUUAAGGCAAACUCGAAUUUCCCAACAUCUUCCCAACAGCAGCAGUCUAGCCAGGACGUGCAGCAGUUUUUCCAGCAGCAACGCAUUUUAAACCAGCAGCAACGACACAAAAUGAGCGCCGCUUCCGGUCCCCAAAGCCAGCAGGCAACAGGUGGUGUACCUCCUUCGAUCGUCUCCUCCCAUCACCAUUCACAACAACAACAACAACAACAGCCCCUACCACCACAACAACAGCAGCAGCACAAUUACAACCACAACCCCCAUCACUACCAUCAAAUGAACACGUCCCACCAUCACCACGGCGCCAACAAUUCGUCUAUUUAUAUGUCUAAUCCACAAUCGGCCGGUCAGUUUCAGACGUCUCAGAACAAUCACCUGACGCAUCAACAGCUGAGGGCCCAGCAUCAGCAACAACAGCAGCCGAGCAAUCAGCAACAAACCCAGCAGCAUCACUACAACAACAAUCGGGCCCCCCAACAGCCGACGUGGGGGUCGCAACAACAGCAAGGGAUGUUUGGGCAGUUUCAGAAUUAUGAUAGUCGCAGCGCACAGAUGGGAAGGGGCGGCGUGAACGGUGGAGGCGGUGACCUAUCACCCACCAGCAAUCAGUUGGCGCGUUGGUUUUCCCCUGACCUUUUGGAACGAGCACGUGCCGGCAAAUUGCCCAACAUGCCCAACGCCUCACAUUCGCAGCACGCUAUCAAUCUUGAGGAGCUUGAACGACAGACUGCCCCUCCCGUUCACAAUUAAAAAACAAUUGACCAUUCAAAACACGAACAAACAAUCAUUUAUUUAAACAAUAAUUAUUAUUGGUCAUCUUCGAAUUGAUCUGAAUGGAAUUAUUGCGAGUUGCUAGGCAUAAAGACUUUGGGGUCAUACUUUUGUCAACUUGUUUCAACAAUUUCAAAACAAACAAGGAAACAUGAAGGAAAAAAGUUAGGAGCGGGGUAGCGUGACCGGUCUCGCCCGUUUCUCUGUUGCCCUUUUGCUCUCCCCCUACCCUCUCUCUCUCUGUGGUCGUGUCCGCCGCCUAAUCAUGUACAUGCUCUUAAUCUUAGCUAUUAUUAUUAUUAUUUUUUUUUUUGAACGAAAGACUGGAAAACUUUUUUAUUUUUUUCUUUGUCUUGUUUUUUCAAAGAGGUUGCAAACAAAUAGCUACAUGCGAUACUAUUGGACAUUAUUGUUUCAUGUUUUGUUUUUUAAUCGAUAAAUAAUAAGGAACGAUCUUGAAACGUCAAUAAUAAUAAUAAUAAAAUAAUGUCGAAAUCUUCACCACCAUCUUUGAAUGUAAAACAAAAAAAACAAGAUAAAAUAUGUUGUAUGUAGUAGUGAAGAUUGAAAAAGGAAAUGAGAAAUUACAGAUUUAGCGUCAGAGUGAAAUUAUUAUAGUCAAAGAAAUAAAAAAAAAACAAAUACCAUGUAGACGUUAGAAAUCGUAUUCGGUUACUUUCAGAUAUUUUUUCUCUCUUUUUUUUUUGUUGUGCUGGUUUCCAAACAACAUGGAGAUUUGAAACAAUUUUUUAAAUGUUGUAUUAGUGUGUGCUCGCGCCUAUUUGUGAGCGUAAAUGUGUGAAUGUGCGUACGUAUUUGAAAUUUGAUGCAAAAACAGCUUCAACGAAAACAAGAAAGAUUUUUAAGUGUUUUUUCGUAGACAUUUUGUAACGUAUCAUGCAACAGCAAGUUUCGAAAAAGCCUAAAGUAUUUUUAUUUCAAUUUUAGAUCUUUGAUCAUUAAAAAAAAAGUUUGAAACAUACAUUUACUUUCGGUUUCUGUUUCAACCCAGAGUAAAACAAAUUGUGUACUAAAACUUCUGAAUCUCUUUCUUAAAGUUUGUUUAUUGUUAACCAAAAUUUGUGAAAUUUUAUCACCCAUACAAAUUACUUUUUCUUUCUGUUUUCAAUGGGUCAAUGGGAAACCUUUUGAGCACCUUUUGGUUCGUUUAUCGUAGUGCAACAGUAACAGUAUUGUGACAUAAAAAAUAUCGUAACGACUGAACUGAUGUUUUAAUUAAAUGUUGCAUAAAGUGUCUGCUUUUGAGGCUGGCAAACAGUACGUCUUGCUGUAUGUUACUAUUUUUUUCGUCUCUUUCAAAAUGAAUAUGUAAUAUAAACAAACUUACCAAUAGAAAUGAACAAUAUAAUUAUUGGACGACUGAUUUUAAAGUAAACAGUUAGUCAGCACGUAAUGGUGAAUAUAAUAAUCAGAAAUUGAAAAUUGAUUAUUGAAUAAAAAAAAUGAUUGGUAAACAGUACUAAAGAGGGUAAGGUAAAAAAGAAAUAGUUUUAUUUUAUUCAAAAGUUCUGCCAAAAAUAAAACACAAAUUGUUUGUUUGUUGAGGGGUUUUUCAUCUUUUAUAGAUGCCCCAAUGAUGUAAAACUUCCAUCGAUUAAAGGCUAUCAAAAGAAUUACCAAAAAUAUUAAAUUUGCUCGAUAUUUAGGCUCAAUAGAUUACCAGACUGAUUUAAUGUUUACUUUCCAGAUUCAGUAUUUAGUUGGUCUUAAAAAACAAAUAAUUGACUUCGAUUAUUUCUUAAAUUGUAGUUUUUUUUAUUGAUCGAAAUCAUUACUAAAGACGUUUUCAGUAGGAACAGUAUUUAGGUUUAAAAAGUAUUAAACUAAAUGUUUGUUUCUUAGUUAAUAUUAAUAAAUUAUCACAGGAACAAGGUAAAAAUUCAGAAUAACAUGUCAAACGAUAUUGUAAAGCAGUUUCUUAUUCACGUUAUCUUUCAAAUCAAAGUCAUAAAAAUCUUGGGUGAUAAACAUUAGUAUUUUUAAUCGACAUUUUAAUUUGAUUUUUUUUGUUAUUAUUAUUUAUUUAAAGUAAAUAUUAAAACAAAUGACUGUUUUUAAUGGUAAGAAAAUGAUAAAUUUCUCAUCUACUGUCAUUUUAGCAGUUAUAUUAAUUUGGAAAGAAUUUUGAAAGAACUUCGGUUAUAUUAACCAUUAAACCUUAAAACUAUUUCUCGUACUUCUAAUGAAUUAUAAUUGUAAAAUUUUAAAAUAAUUUUUGUAUUUGUAACGAACGAAAUCGCUGGCUUAUAAAUGAAUGUGACAUAAGACUAUAUCACUAAUUCCUAAUGAUUUAUUCACCAUUACUGUAAUAAUUGUUUAGGUGUACAGAGUGUGCAAGUAUCGACUUGUAUCGAUCGUGUGCAUGUGAGCGGAUGUUUGCGCAUCAGUCCAGUAAAAUGGUGAGCCUGACUUUAGUCCUACAA